AUGGGUAAUAGAGUAUCAGUUCAUAGUGAAGAGGUCAGGAGAUACUCCGAAAAUGCCUCCUUGUCUGAAUCAGUUAUCAGAUUUGCAAAGGAAUUGGAACCCGAUGAAAAGUAUCACCUUGUUCUGGGAAGCCUAGGGCUGAUGGCUAACGCAGUAACUAACAUGCUAUAUCCAAGAAUAAUAGGAUUACUAAUAGAUUCGUCAGAGUUGUCCCAAACAUCCUCACUUGAAAAAUGCCCAGAAUAUUCCUUCCCACUCCCACUCUUUGCUAUCAAUAACUUAUUCUCAAAGUUAGACGGGCUAGGAUCAGACUGCUUAUUUAACAGGAUCUUAGCAUGCUCAAUCCCACUGUAUAUUGUGGGAAGUAUGGCAUCUUGGUUUAGAGUGUAUCACACACAAACAGCAAUUUACUUGAUUCAAAAGAGAUAUAGAAGGAAGGUGUUCAGAAAAAUACUCUCACAAAACCUAUUAUUCUUUCAUUCACAUACCUGUAAUUAUCUUUUAUCCAAGUUGCUCAAUGACUGCGAAGAGGGACCGAAGACUUUAGUGGAAAGCCAAAUGCAGUUUCUUAGAUGCUGUAACUCAACCAUAGGAGGAACCUGCCACCUGUUCUCAAUUUCAGCCAAACUGGCACUUGUGAUACUAGUAUCACUGCCACUUAUUGGGGUUACGAUAAGACAGCUGUCGUCUAUGGUGAAGAGGUAUCAUUCUCUUAAGAAAAAAAGACUUGAAAACGUUAUGGGUAAGUGUAAACCUACCAAGGCUGAAGAGGUUAUCAGUGGAAUAGAAAACGUUAUUUCAUUCUCGAAUGAGGAAUACGAAGCGAAUUCAUUUAUGAAUAGUUUAAACGAAUGCGAUGAAGUUUCAAUUCGAGCUAACAGCUCAGAAGGAAUUAUGAUGGGCUCGAUACUAGCAAGCUUUAACCUUUCAACCCUAAUUAUGAUUUACUUCGGGUCUAAGCAAAUGAGAUCCGGUUCACUCACAGUGGGGAAAUUUGCGUCAUUUAUCAUUUACGGAAGUUUAAUAGGACUUGGAGUGUCUGGAUUGUCAAAGAUAUAUACUGACGUUGUGAGAAGCACAAAUUCUAUGCGCAGCGUGUAUGAAAUAACUGAUUUGAAGGAGCCGGAGGAGAAAUUGCUUGAACUAGAAGAGGUUGAGGGAGAUUUAGAAGUAGGUUCGGUAUUUUUCCAAUUCCCCAAGAUUCAACCAGUUAAUAAAUUACAACAUAUUAGUGAACUUGAUAAUGAGUUUGAAGAGGGUGAACUAAAUCUUGAGAAUGAGAUAAUAAACGGAGUGUCAUUUAAGAUUAAGGCAGGAGAUGUGGUUGGGAUAGUGGGACCGAGUGGAGCAGGUAAAACAACUUUGUGUAAAUUAAUCAUGGGAAUUUACAAGCCAACCUCAGGAAAGAUUCUACUAGACUCAAAUGACAUAAGUAACCUAAGUUCUAAAUGGCUAAGAAGAUCAGUUUUCUCAAUCUUGACACAGGAACCCAUUCUGUUCUCUAUGUCAAUUGAGGAAAAUAUGAAAUACGGAAAUAAAAAGGCAACAAAAGAACAAGUUAUAGAAGCUUGUAAACAGUGCAAUUUGCAUGAGUUCAUAGAAUCACGGCCUUCCAAAUAUGAUACAAUAGUGGGACCCAAAGGAUGCACACUUUCUACUGGACAAAAACAGAGAAUAGCCCUGGUGAGAACAAUACUGAAAGAAUCUAAGGUCUUAAUACUGGAUGAGCCAACGUCAAGCUUAGAUGGGUACUCAGAAGAACUGGUUACACAGGCAAUUGAGAUGGCGAAAAAUGAAAAAACACUUAUCAUAGUGACACAUAAUGCCGAAAUCGUUAAGAAGGUGAACAAGGUAUUGGUUCUAAACAGAGGAAUGGAAUACUUCGGAACUGUAGAGGAAGCAAAAGUAAACAGUCCAACCUUUAAGCUCAUUUUCCCCAAUAUAUUACCUUAA